UUUGUUGUUUUGGUUCAUUGCUCCUGCAGGAAGUGCUUGUUUAAUCCUGAGGAAUUAUCGGUCCAUCAUCCUAGUGUGUCAGAAUAGUUUUUAAGGACAGUGUCCUUCCAGGCAUGACUCAAGCAACUUGUGAUUCAUGUCCAUACUACCAAUACUGCCAACAAUAUCAUCACAUAGCUUUGGCAGCAACUCAGCCAAAUACUUCCAAGUAUUGGAAUAAGCACCGCGUCCAUGUUUGCAAAACGACAUAAAGGUUCACAUUAUUAGGUUUGCUCAACAUACUCCAACUAAUCUUAGCAAAGAGUGCAUCAUUCAUAGCUUCAAUCUUUCUUAACCCCAUUGCUCCACACUCCUUUAGCCUACAUAAUGUCUCCCAAUUCACCAAAUGCACCUUCCUCCUUUCCUCUGAUGUUCCUCAUAUGAAAUUUCUUCGAAUUCUUUCAAGUUUCUUGCAAACAUUCUUUAAUAUAUACCUAUUUUGCAUAUGAAAAACAACCAUUUGAGAAGAUGGAGGGAUGAAGGGUAGAAGAGUAAUUAGGGGGUUCAGUAGUUCUAUUCUCUAGUCUAAUUAGUGACUUUUGUUAGUGAUAAUUGGUGUCUUUUGAUGGGGGCUUUUGGCUAGCCUUUCGAUUGGUUUUGCAAGUGCUUGAGAUCGAUGUAAUAAAACCUUGGAGUAUUGCAAGAAUCAUUCCUAAGGGAAAGCAGUGAUCUUUGUUGUUUUUUACAAGACACAUAAUGAAUCAAAGAGAUUUGUUUUAAGGGAAUUAAUUAAAAUUGAGGUAAACAAAAAAAAUAAUCAAACAGUGAUCCAAUUAGUCAACAAAUGCUAGGGAUUGAGUUUCGCCUACUAUUACUCUUACCUAGAUGAUAUUUUGAAUCAAUCUAAGUGAUGAAUGCUACCAAGUUAUCUUAACUAUCUCUGAAUAAAUUAAGGUGUGCCUAAUUAGUGUUGUAUUAGUUCUUGCUAAAUUCUGAAGCCUCUACUUAAACCCAUUAAGCUACGAUUAUAGCUGCCAUAAGCACUUAGAUUGUUACCUCUAAUCCAAUUAUUUAUGCCUAUUCUCUUAAAUUUAAAUCCACUCUUCUCCUCUCCUCCUCUUGGCGCAUCAAGCGAAUCCACAAAUAGAACGUAAGGUGGCCAACCAAACAUUCCACAAUGAAAGUAAAGAGAAUAAAUAACAAUUGCAUUAAACCAUAAAAACCAGUCUUUCAACAGCAACAUGAAUCAAAAAAACAUAGUGAGUAAAGAGUAAGUUCAUCCCAGUCAAGCUACAUCCUAUCCUGACAUGGGAUUUAGCAACACAUAAUCAGAUUAGAACUAACAAAUAUUAUGAGAGGAGACAUCAUAUGAAAGUAAGGGAAAAGGAAUAGAAAAGCAACUCCCAAUUCAGAACAGUGAAGCUCUUGCUUCGCCCCUUGCUGUCUCUUCUUCUGAUGAAUGAUUAGAUGCCUCCUCAAGAACCCUAGCUCUCCUUCUUAAGUGUUUCCCUCAGCUUCUCCUUAAGAUCUUACUUUAGAUCACGCCUCGUCUUAUUUAAUUUGCCCUAAUUUUGCUUCAGCAUUAUAAAAUAGCUCUACUAUAUGUUUCUGUCCUCAACCGUGGACAGUAAUGAAACAAACACUCCCAUGUUCAUUUUUUUUUCUUUGGAUAAUUAGCUUCUAUAUAAAAUAAGAAACAUUUUCAUAUCAUGAAGUCCAUAAAUGUAAUAUAAAACUUCACUACUUAUUUGAGAAGUUGAGGCAUUAGAGGAAGGUGCGUUAGAGACCCCUAGGCAGAAAAGCAUAUUAGAGACCCCUAGCCCCUCCAGCAGAAGCUGAUAUUAUUUGCAUGGAAUUUAACAUACACCACAGUAGAAGAUGUCAAGAUGUCUCCAUUAAGAGGUGAGAAGUUUCAUCGGUCCGGGGGGAAUAUAAUGGGCCCACUCUUCCAUAUAUACUCACCUCCAGGAGCUUUGCUAUUCCACGAAAUCAAACCAUCCGAACUUGAGAUAUGGAGGCAUACAACAAUUCCUGACGAUUCACUGCAUGAAAAUUUUGAGUACUUUCUUAAUGUCCACAGUCUUCCACAACCUGUUGCGUUCACCAACAUUGGAGGAUUCUUGACAAAUAAUAUACCUACCCAAGUUUUCAAUGUGGAAUGUAUAGUUUCAAGAAAUCCCCAUGUCUAUUACGUACGUACCUUGGUGAUUGGUGGUCGACCCAUCAUAAAAGGGUGUUUCCCAACAAGGACACAAGCAGAGCCAAUUAUUAUCUUCAAUACUGUGACCUGUGUCAUGAGUAUGCUCUGUCCAUGGUAACAUUGGUGAUGAAAUAGUAUUCAAAUCAAGGUCCAUCAAGGAUGCUUCUGAACAAGAAUACCAGAAGAGCCACUCAUUCCCAAUAUUUGCUUUGUGAUUAGAGAGUUUUGGAGCCUCUAUUUUUUAAUUACUACUACUACUGCUCAUUGUUUGGAAGCACUCCUAUUGGGUGAUCUACAGUUGCGCUUCAAAGCGGAAGCGCUCCCAUAAGUAUGGCUUCAAGAUUACCUAAAUGCAGAGCACUUUCAGAGUGCUUCUAUGCCUUUGCCAAGAGUAGUUCUUUCGUAGAUUUAUUUUCGUAAUAGUAAAAAGAAGGUAGCCA